UUGGAUGUUUUAUACGCAUUAGAAUUUAUUGUUAAAUUGGAACGGGAGUUUCCAUCAACUGUGAGCACUAUUUCAAGAACUGCUGCAAAAUUAACUCCACCUGAAUAUAUUGAUUCAGAUAAUC